AUGCCAGCUACAGAUUAUCAACAGACAUCAUCACCAACAUCAUCUUUUCCAAGCUUAGGAUUUUUCAUUUUGAGCAGACGCCGUGAUCGGGUCCAUUCUAUGGACUCUACUCAUGAGGCCACUGGCCAUGAAAAUGAAUUGGAAUCCUUCCAAAAACUUGUGGCUGAAAGGUUUCAUGAUUUGGCAGCGGCAGACUCCAAUGAGUUGCUCUCAAUUCCGUGGAUUCACAAGCUUUUAGAUGCAUUCCUCUGUUGCCAAGAGGAAUUUGGUGUUAUUGUUUACAAGAAUCGAGUUUUCUUCAAUCGAGCCCCCAUGGAUCGAUACAUUUCCGAGUUCUUUGAGAGAAAUGUCAAGGCUUUAGAUGUUUGCAAUGCGAUUCGUGAUGGCAUUGAGCAGAUCAGGCAAUGGAAGAAGCAGUUAGAGAUUGUUUUAUGCGCAUUGGACAAUCAACAGAGCAUUGGGGAAGGCCAAUUUCGUCGUGCUAAAAAGGCCUUAAUUGAUUUGGAUAUUGCAAUGGUGGACGAAAAAGAGUCGACUUCGAUCCUUGCACAUAGAAAUCGGUCCUUUGGACGAAACAAUGUGCAGAGGGAGGGCAAGUCUUUUGGCCAUUUCCGAUCCCUGUCAUGGAGCGUUUCCCGAUCUUGGUCUGCUGCUAGGCAGUUGCAAGCAAUUGGCAACAACUUGGCUGUGCCACGAACAAAUGAGAUUUCGGCCACUCAUGGACUAAAUGUGGCUGUUUUCACCAUGAAUCACGUGCUUCUAUUUGUAAUGUGGGCACUUGUGGCUGCAAUCCCCUGUCAAGACCGUGGCCUUCAGACACAUUUUUCUGUGACUAGGCAGUUUGUUUGGGCCAUUCCGAUUCUCUCACUCCACGAUAAGAUUCUGGAUGAGUCGAAGAAACGGGACAGGAGAAAUGCUAGGGGAUUGUUGAAGGAGAUUCAUGAGAUUGAAAAAUGCGCGAGACGAAUGAAUGAAUUGGCUGAUUCUGUUCAAUUCCCCUUGACUGAGGAAAAGGAAUGGGAAGUGAGGCAGAGAGUUCAGGAGUUUGGACUAGUGUUUAAAGCAGUAAAAGAUGGUUUGGAUCCAUUAGAACGUGAGGUUAGAGAAGUGUUUCAUAGGAUUGUGCGCAGCAGAACUGAGUGUCUUGCUUCUAUUGGACGAGCAUAUAGUAAUGAUUGA